AUGGACUCAAUGACGUGCGACGAGGUUCCUCCAGCGGCAGAGGCCAAUCCUUCCCGACCUGAGCCGGGCGUAUCUGUGCCAGGCCAGGCACAUUCCAUUCCGAUACAUUCCAGUGUCUACAUCAGACCAAGCAGUUCUAAUCGAACGGCUAUGACCUCUAUAGCCUCCGGGAGCGCCGUUCAAGGCUCCCACUCGACUCCGGUUCAACAGCAGACACUUGCCCUUGGUCAACCCCCGCUGGUGGCUUCGCCAAGCUUCUCCCACCAAGAAAGGCAACCUAGGAGUCGAAGCAACAAGGAGUCGAAAUAUAGCUCUGAAGAAUGGGAAUCAAAGAAAAACAUUAUCAGAGAUCUAUACGUCGUCGAGAAACGCACGCUGGAUGACGUUCAAAAAAUCAUGGCCACUCUGCACAGGUUUGACGCCUCACCCCAAAUGUACAAAGCCCAAUUUAAGAAGUGGAAGCUAUACAAGAACGAAUCAUCCCAGUUGGAAAAACGUCGCACAGACGAUACCCCUACAGAGUCACGCAAACGAGCCCGAGCUGCAACGUCUCUAGACGAGAGACCAGAGGAGAAGAACAAGCAUCUGCAGUGGAUGCUUUCCUAUAUAAAUAACUAUUUCAAGGUCCUCUUCGAUAGAGGUCGUAAUGGAGACAAAAGGAGCGGGUGGGCCGGUGAUCGGUUCAGACUGAUUCCACCAAACGGUUGUCAAGACCACUUCAAGGAGUGGAAAGCAGUAGCUGACCAGUCGCACGGCGCUUCUGCCCUCAUCAGGCUACACGGUGGACCUAGCGGAAAAUAUCAUGGAACGCUCCAUAUUGUCUUCAAAGAUAUCGACAAGCUGGUAAAACAGGAUGACCCCUGGAUGCUUGUGUAUCUAUGGAGAGUUAUCCUGUAUCUGAGAGGCAUUUCCUUCCGUGUUGAGCACCACAAGUCGUCCUAUUCAUCUAUAUCACGAAGUCCUCAGAACGGCCACCUGGUCGGACAUGUUAUUACAGGUGUUGCAUAUUGUAUUGCCAACAACCAUGGAAGGGAGCACUACAUGGCACGCUGCCUCCACUCACUUCGUUCGUUCUCUUUGCAUGACAUGAAGCUAGCGAUUGAGCAGGUCUACGUCUUUCGAUUCCUCAAGUACUGGCCAGGAGAAGUCGAAAAGGACGUACUGCCAAGCUACAAAAAGCUUGUGUGCGACGCUGAAGCAAAAUUCGGACGCAAUCAUCAACAAACAAUCACGUUUCUCACAGAAUACAUGUACACAGCACACUACCAUGGUCACGAUAGCGUCUUGACUCACCGUUUGGCUUCGGAUCUUUGGAGAAGAACAGGCGACCCUCGCUCUGUACUGAGCUGGGGACCCGAGACCUAUGCUCACGUGCUGGCUACCAAGCUUUUGGCACGGAUUGACAAGGACCGAGGAAGUAACGAGAGCUGGGAAAAGCGUUUGCAUGAUGUUGCUAGGAAGCUCCGCAACGGCGACCGGGAGUGCCAGACAAGAGCUUUGCAGCUACGGGGCACGAUGGCCCAGUGGUAUGAGAAAGCGGGAAUGGUGGAACAGGCUCAAAGGGAGACGGAGAUCGCUGAUGAAAUCAAGAACUAUAUGCGAGUAGUUGCCACCGAACAACACGAUUGGAGUCGAAACUGGACAUUCGGAAGAAGUGAAGUUGUCAUGUGA